AUUAAUGCGUGCAGAACUGCAGAUGCAGAGCUUGAGUUUCAGCCAAACAUCAACGGCCAGACUCUAAAAUCCAUUAUAUAUAUAUAAUGUACACAGAAAUACAAUUCUCUACGUAAAUUCAAAGGAGAGAAACGGGAAAAGCGAAAGCAAUGGUUGGAUAUCUCAUCCUCCUCAACUCUCAUCAAAUCCAAGUUUCUCUGCAGUUGGAGCUCUCAGAUUGCUAGGCCCUGCCUCUGACCCAGGCUGGCAUCCAGUGUUUGGGAGCAUGAAAAGGGGGAUACUGAUCCAUCUGUGCAAGUCCGGGCUGGAGUUUCCCUGUUUAUGGAGGGAAGGUGGAAUUCACCACCCAGCGUUGCUGUGGUCAUGGUCUUGCUGCCAUGUGGUGGCAGAUGCUCAAGCCACUUGGUGCAAUUUAAGUGGGGCUUUUUCUAGUGUCAACAGUUUUAUCCAGAGCCAAGUUUGAUGCAUAUCUCUUGGGCCCCUUAAGUUGGAUUAGUUUGGGCGUAUAGCUACUUGCCUCCACGGUCAUUGAUUAAUUUGAGGUGUAAUAUAUAUCUGAUUGAGGGGUCUCUGGUUACUGAAAUGGGCCAAUGUCAUCUUAAUACAUAUUUAGUUUUGGAGCAUCUGUAAGCGGAAAUGUUGAAGCAUUAUCUAUAGUAAUUGAAAAUGUGACACCUUGACAGGACUGUCUCAAACCCUUCUGGUGGGGAUAUAGCCUUGCUAAAACUGAAAUUGUGGUUGCAAUGUAGUUACUUUUUUAUGCACCUGUAAAACAUUAUAUAUUCAAGAUCCUGUCCAUGGAAGUCUAAUGUGGGACCGUGGCAUAUUGCAGCUCUCAAAUUGACAAGUUGGAUGAAACAUUGUGCUGUUGUAUAAGACCAUGAAUUGUCACAGCAGUGUAUCUAUGAAACAAAGUGAGUCUGCCAAAGGAGUGAGAGAGUCUCACUGUACUUCCGUAUCCCCAAUUCAUAAUUUCUGGAGUGUUGAAUCAGAAGGUCAAGGUUUAUCCGCUGGUGAAUGUUCAUCUUCAUGUAUGUUGCCUAAGAUGCAUACAGAUCCUCAUGGGACCCCCAAUUUAAUGCGUGCGUCUGCAGUCCAACCUCAGAAAAUUUCUUUGAAAUCUGGACCAGGCUUGUCUCACGAAUCUCAUGUUCAAUAUCCUAAAAACAUGUUUUCCCGUUCUUCUAUGUUCUGUACUAGUUUAUACUUGUCAUCUUCAUCAAGCUCUGAAACUGAUCGACAGCUUGGAAAACUGCCAUUUCUUCCACAUCCUCCAGCAUACAAUGAGCCCAGGUCUGCUAUUCAGUCAACAAAAUCUGCAUUGAUGUUUACUGGGGAUUCAAGUGAUUCAUAUGAUGGGAAGCAUUCACCAGAUUUUGUGAAACACUUUCUUAAUUUGCCUGGAGAUGCUUCAUAUGGUAGUAGUUGUGGUAUGAAUUGUGCAAGUGACAGUUUAAUGCUUACAGAGCAAUUGGAGUUUCAGUUUUUGUCUGAUGAUCUCAAUAUAUCUAUAGGUGGCAAUGUAGAAAUUCCCCGGCUCGAUGAAAUAUAUGAAUCAUGCCAAGCUUCAUCUAAAGCAGCCUCAGACUUGACAUCUAAUCAGAAUUAUCACCCUGUUACACCUGUUGAUGUUCAAUCAAGUCAACCUUCUCCUGGUCCUGACACUGUGCACAAGCCAAGAAUGAGAUGGACACCUGAGCUCCACAAGUGUUUCCUAGAGGCUGUCGACAAGCUUGACAGGGCUGAAAAGGCAACCCCGAAGGGUGUAUUGAAGCUUAUGAACAUUGAAGGUUUGACCAUCUAUCAUGUAAAAAGCCACUUACAGAAAUAUCGACUUGCCAAGUAUAUACCAGAGAGAAAAGAAGACAACCACCCUUCUGGUUCUGAGGAGAAAAAGGCUACUUCAAGUAAUGGAAGUGAUGGAAGGAGGAAAGGGAACAUUCAAGUUAGCGAGGCUCUACGCAUGCAAAUUGAAGUUCAGAAACAGCUACAUGAACAACUUGAGGUGCAAAGGACACUUCAAUUACGCAUAGAGGAACAUGCGAAGUACUUGCAAAAGAUAUUGGAGGAACAGCAGAAAGCUGGCAGUGGUUUGGUAUCCCCUCACAACCUAACAUGGCUGAAAAGCUCACAACCAAAUUCUGAACUGCAACCUUUAUCUCCGUUGCCUGGUGCCUCGUCCUGCCAAGCAGCUGGGUCAAAAACUGACUCCUCGUCACCUUUGCCGCCAAAGCAUAAAGCGACUGAAAAUAGUGAUUCUGAGCAGCAACCAAGUGAGAAAAGGCCUCGACUUGAAGCAAAGCAGGAAUCAGUUUCUGAGGAGGCUGAUACCGAUUCAUUUAGUGCUGCUCAGAAAUCUCCAUGAUAGCAUGAAGUCCAGGAUUUCCCAGCACACUUGUAAAUUAGUUUACUGUGUUAGCUAGUAAAAUGGAAGUGAUAAUUAUUUGAUUUGUAUAUUGUGACAGUGUGCCUAUUGACAGAAACAGUUAUUUGGUGAAUCUGUUGUAUUUAUGGCUUUUAAUUUGCACAUUCUUUUGACAUUUUCUUAUUUGGUGCGAAUAGAAUUGGUCAGAAUUUAUAAAUUUCA